AUGCCUCCCAUCCCCCCAAAACAGAUGAAGGCAAUCCAGCUCCAGACCUUCAACGCCCCCUACGCCGUCACCCACGUCCCCGUCCCCCGCCCGAGACCCCACCAGCUCCUCGUCAGGAUCAGGGCCGCCGGCUUCUGCCACACCGACUGCAUGGUCAACGAGAACGCCUUCGGCUCCCCGCUCCCCGUCGUCGGCUCCCACGAGCCCGCCGGCGUCGUCGUCGGCGUCGGCUCCGACGUCCAGGGCUUCAGCGAGGGCGACCGCGUCGGGUGCAUCAACUUCGACAGCUGCUGCGGAAAAUGUCCCGAUUGCAAGGCCGGGAGGCCGGUUUACUGCGAUAACUUGUUGAUGAAGGGUAUUACUACGGACGGCGCCUGGGCGGAGUACAUGGUCGCCGACUGGCGCUUCACAGUGAAGCUGCCCGACGAAAUCGACUUCCCGACAGCGGCGUGCCUGAUGUGCGCCGGGAUCAGCAUCUACGGCGGCAUCAAGCGCGCCGGCGUCCCGCCCGGCGGCUCCAUCGGCAUCGUGGGGAUCGGCGGCCUCGGCCACAUCGGGACGCAGCUCGCCAAAGCCAUGGUCCGUCCCGGCUACAAAGUAGCAGCCAUCGACGUGCGCCAGUCCGCGCUGGACCUGGUCUCCUCGUACCCCCUCAAACCAGACCUGUGCAUCCUAUCCACGCAACCCGCCGCGGACGCCGUGUCCGAGAUCGCGCGCGCCGUGGGCGGCGACUACCCGGGCCUCGACGCGACGGUGCUCGCGACGGACGCGCCGCCGGCGUUCGACUUCGCGGCCGCGGUCACGCGGAAGCACGGCACGCUCGUGCUGCUCGGGCAGCCGGAGAAGGGGAUCACGCUGUCGUACCGGGACGUCAUCUUCCGCGACCUGAAGCUGGUGGGGUCGUUGGUGGCGGACAAGAAGGAUACGGAGGAUCUGGUUAAGUUAGUAGCGAAGCACGGGAUCCGGGUGAAGAUGAAGGAGUGGGGGAUCGAGCAGGCCGAGGAGAUGAGGCAGGAGUACCUCGCGGGGAAGAGUGAGGGGAAGAAUGUGAUUGUGUUUGGGUAG